AUGUCAUCUAUUUCCACAGAUAACAAAGUUGUUCCUACAACUGUGAAGCCCAAAGGCUCUCAAACGGAAAGAAGAAUCAUAGAUCUUCUUGCUGGAGGUACUGCUGGAUUAUUUGAAGCACUAUGUUGUCAUCCACUAGACACUAUCAAAGUGCGAAUGCAAUUGUACAAAAAGAGCAACUAUCCAGGCCAAAGAGCACCAGGUUUGGUGAAAACAGGUGUGGACAUUUUCAAAAAUGAGGGUUUCUUAGCAUUAUAUAAAGGAUUGGGUGCCGUCGUAUUAGGGAUUGUUCCAAAAAUGGCCAUCCGAUUUUCAUCUUUUGAGUUUUAUAAAUCUAUGAUGUCGGAUAAAAAAACUGGAAAUGUCUCUGGAAUUGCAACGUUUACAUCUGGUGUUUUAGCAGGUGUAACAGAGGCUUGUGCAGUUGUUAAUCCCAUGGAGGUUGUUAAAAUAAGAUUGCAAGCCCAGAGUAAUGCUAUAAAGCAUGGCAAUGCAAAAGAUAUCACUAAGCCAAAGUAUAGAAAUGCGAUACAGGCUGGAUAUCUUAUUGUUAAAGAGGAGGGAUUCAAAGCCCUUUAUAGAGGGGUGGCUCUUACUGCGGGAAGGCAGGCUAUUAACCAAGGUGCCAAUUUUACCACUUACACUUAUUUGAAAAAUAAAUUGCAGAAAUCGCAAAAUAAAGACACACUUCCUACUUAUCAAACUGCUGUGAUUGGAUUCAUAUCUGGUGCGAUUGGCCCUUUCUGUAAUAAUCCAUUGGAUACCAUUAAAACAAGACUGCAAAAAGAGGUUGGUAGCUUGAAUGAAUCUAACUUUUCUAGAGGUAUCAAAAUUGGACGUGCCUUAUUUAAAGAAAGUGGUGUUAAGGCGUUUUACAAGGGUAUCAUUCCUAGAGUGGCAAGAGUUGCCUCCGGACAGUGUAUUGUUUUCCCUGUCUACGAGUUCUUUAAAGGUAGAAUGUAUGAUAUGGCUGGAUUAGAAAGACCAAAGCGUCUUAAAUAA